AUGGCGGAAGGCGCGGGCAGCCCGGGCGCCGUGGUGCCCUCGAGUAGUCCCCAGAAUCAGCAGCCCCAGCAGCAGCAACAGCAGCAACAGCCGCAGCAGCCGGCCCAGCCCCCGGAUAUCAGCAGUUCCCAGCUGCCGACCCCGCCGAUCACCGGAACAGCCCAGAUCGAGAUAAUCCCCUGCAAGGUUUGCGGCGACAAAAGCAGCGGAGUCCAUUACGGAGUCAUCACCUGCGAGGGUUGCAAAGGCUUCUUCAGGAGGUCUCAGUCGUCGGUCGUCAACUACCAAUGUCCUCGCAACAAGAAUUGCGUGGUCGACCGGGUCAACAGGAACCGGUGUCAGUAUUGCCGGCUGCAAAAGUGCCUACGGCUUGGCAUGUCAAGAGACGCCGUUAAGUUCGGACGCAUGUCGAAGAAGCAGAGGGAGAAGGUCGAGGACGAGGUCAGGUUCCACAGGGCGCAGAUGAGGGCGGCCUCGGAGACGGCGCCCGACAGCAGCGUCUUCGAGCAUCAGACGCCCAGCAGUUCCGACCAACACCACUCCUACAAUGGCGGAUACGCGUACGGUGGAAGCGACUACGCGUCGCCAGGCCCGGGAACGGGAGGAUCAGGGUACUACAACCACCAGGCGAUGGCCAACUACGAGCUCAGCGCCGACUACGUCGACAGCACGACGACGUACGACCCGCGACCCACGCAGCAGGUCGACAACGUCGCGCCCGACAACUCAUCCGUCAACACGACAGGAGUACUUCCCAGUGUGGUCACCACCGACCCGGCACAAAUCAGCGAGCUGCUCUCCAAGACGAUAGCGGACGCCCACACGAGGACGUGCCUGAUGUCGACCGAGCAGAUACAGGAGUCCUUCCGCAAGCCGCACGACCUGUCCAAACUGAUCUACUACAAGAACAUGGCCCACGAACAGCUCUGGCUCGAGUGCGCCCAAAAACUGACCACGGUCAUCCAACAGAUCAUCGAGUUCGCCAAGAUGGUGCCGGGCUUCAUGAAGCUUUCGCAGGACGACCAGAUCGUCCUUCUGAAGGCCGGUUCCUUCGAGUUGGCCGUGUUGCGCAUGAGCAGGUAUCUGGACUUGCAGCAGAACUGCGUGCUCUACGGCGACACCAUGCUGCCGCAGGACGCCUUCUACACGACCGACACCGCGGAGAUGAAGCUGGUGUCGUGCGUUUUCGAGCUGGCGAGGAGCGUCGCCGAGCUGAAGCUGACCGAGACCGAGCUGGCGCUCUACAGCGCCGCGGUUCUCCUCAGCCCAGAUCGGCCGGGAUUGAAGGGCCAAACGGAGAUCACGAGGCUCUCGCAGGCGGUCAUCAGGGCCCUCAGGUCCGAGCUCGAUCGCAAUCACCUGUCGCCGAUCAAGGGCGACGUCACGGUCUGCGACGCGAUGCUGGCCAAGAUCCCGCAGCUCCGGGAGAUCUCCCUUCGGCACAUGGACGCCCUCGCCAAGUUCAAGCGGUCGCAACCUCUCCUCGAAUUUCCGGCCCUUCACAAAGAGCUUUUCAGCGUCGACAGCUGAACGGCCGAAGCGGCGCAGGGCGACCCAACGCGGCUACCGGACGACGCCGACGAGUGCGAGUGACGAGCGGGGCCUUGCUCCGACAAGAUUAUUUCCUUCGUAAUGAACGUAUUGGGCCUUAAAUAAACAUAACAUUGUUAUAUAUAAAGUAUACAUAAAAAC